UUUGACUUCCCCAGAUCAUCUGCUUCUACCGACAACGUAUAAUAUAUUUGACAACCCUCACCCGAGUCGGCGUUUUCACCAAGAAGCUUCAGGCACCGGCUGAACGAAUAUCGAAAAAGUGGUGCGAGGAACCCGUCAACGGUCAAUCUCCUUGGGCCACAUGAUUGCGAAUUCUUUUUGCCACAUUGAACGGAUGGCCGGCGCAUAAUACACAGUGAUCGUUCUUACAGACCUCUUUAAAGAAAGAAAAAACCCACCUAGACAAUGUCCUCGCCCACCCCCGAGCCCCAGCCAACCUCGUCAGACCCGCCACGCGAGGAGGGCGGUCUAUUCGACGGCUCCCCCAUCUGGGUAGUCAUCCCCCUCGUUCUACUCAUCAUCGCCACCGCCCUCGCCAGCUGCAUCAUUUUCUGCCGUCGCCGCCGCCGCCGCCUCGGCGCCCCCACCCCUUCCAACUGGGACUACGACGACCAGGCCGACAUCCAUCGCGACUACCGAGGGCCGUAUGCCAACCCGAUCAUACGACCCACCAGCAGCAACCCCCUCUACGGCCGCCGCACCGGCUGGACCGGCUGGGCCUCCCGGAGUGCGGAGGGUCUCAAUGAGUUCGGCGAGGCACCGCCGGCGUACGAGCCCAAAGCCGAAGACCCCGCCCAGUCCCUGGCCGGCGGCAGCGGUCCUACCGACCACUAUCCCGGCCCGUCCGGCGCGGGCCCCGCUGUCGUCGAACUCGGUCAGAUGCGGGGGACGACGCCGAGAGACGGGCCCCCGGCCACCGCUAUCCACAGGAACAGGGGCCCGGCCUCGGGCUGCGGCGCCACUCCGGGCUCUCCUCCUUUUACCCCGCUCACUCGGCCUGCCCCUACGCACCAACCUGGCGCACCGUCUUCUUCGCUCUCCCGACCCGGACCAGGAGCAGUGCCCGCCGUGCCACCGCCGGAUUAUGGCUCUGCUACCGUAACGCCCGCGUCCGCCGCUGUGCCGGCUGUUUCGGCAGACACAAGGCAUGCACCCCAAUCAGAGACCACUUCGUCGCCACCAUCCUCGCCUGUCGGGGUGAUACACACACCACCACCACCAGGUGCACCGAGGACCCCUUGAAGAGAAUCGCAUUCUCUUUAGGUCUUCGGCAGAUGUCGCCUUCAUAUAUAGUCUCUGCUUGCACUCACUGCCGUUCUUCUGGUUUGCAUGAAAUAAUACCCAACGGCGUUCUCGUGUCUUUUAUUUCUCGGUUUUAUUUGGUUUGGCUUGGGGUAAGAUAAGAACAUGGCAUGCGCAGCAGUCAUGUCAUGCAUCUGGACGCAGAUCGUGAGCCUUAACAGUAUUCGUCGUUGCAGGCAGCAAAUCUGAUAGUUAAAUACCUACCAUAUAUAUGCCGAACUUCAUCGAAUGCGGAGGAGCCGCAGGGUUGGAGACUCCACGAAGAGCGUGGAUGGAUGUAGUCAUUGGCAGGGCACAGUUUCUUCUUUACAGGUCGGCUUCUCUCCCAACCGAGCUUGCGAUUAUCAAGGCACCUGUCGUUAUGUUGAAAUAUAACUCGACUGUCUCACGUAGCGUUUCUUCCCCAAUAUUCCUUCUCC